GCAACGCCUUAAACAACUGUUGUCGAGAGAAGCUAGGAAGCUAGCCCAGUAAAACAGUUUGAGUCUUUACAAACUGUCUAGAAACAGAUGUCGCUUUAAGAAUAAUGGACCGAGAACUGAACGAAGAGGAACUGCAGGAUUUGUACGCUUGGAUAGACAAAAUAUCUCUGUCCCGGCCCAAACGAAACAUCACAAGAGACUUCAGCGACGGAGUGAUGGCUGCAGAGGUCGUCAAAUAUUUCUUCCCAAAGUUUGUUGACCUGCACAACUAUAUUCCUGCAAACUCCACACAACAGAAGCUCAGUAACUGGGAUCUCCUCAACAGGAAGGUGUUUUCCAAGCUGAACUUCCACGUGCCUGAAGAGACAGUGAAGAGGAUUGUACUGAGCACUGCAGGAGUGAUAGAGCCUGUACUGAAUGCCCUCAGGGAGAAGAUAGACAAGAAACUGGAGCACACUACAGAGAAUAUACUGGAUUUGGAAUACUAUGACACCAGAAACCAGGAGAAACCUCAUACAGAAAUUCACCAGACCGAAGCAAAACUUGUGGCUCAGCUGGCAGGAGAAGAGAUGAAAAAAGAUGAAAAGAGCAGAAUAAAAAACGGUAAACUGCAGCAGACAGCACAGUUUUACUCAGACAUGGACCCUACUUUACGACUAAUCCUGCAGGAAAAAGAGCAAGCUGUCAUGGCUCUGCAGGAGACUGUGGAGAUCCUGCAGAUGAAAGUAAACAGGUUAGAGCAUCUGGUUCACUUGAAGGACAUGCGUAUUGAAGAUCUGAUGCGGCAUCUGGAAACCUACAAAGCAAAAGGCAAUACACGCUGAUACAAACAUGUACACACAGACUUUUUUUUUUCAUAGUAGCUCUACAUUAUAACCCUGUAACAUAAAUACAUUCUUACUUUAUCAAGAAACUUUAGUCAAGGAAAAGGAUCAGUUCAUAUAUACAUAUAUAUAUAUAUAUAUAUACUGAGAUUAUUGUCCUCCCUGCUAAAAUGCAUCAUACCUGAAAUGCAAGUGUGAAGUGAGUGAAGUGUGCUUUUGUGAUGAAAAAGAGGUUUGGUAAUUGAAUUCCCAUUAACAUUAGUUACACCAUUCACAAUAGAGAAAUGUAAGUAAAAGUAAUAUAGCCAUUCCAGUGUGUCGCUCUUUCAUAACAUGAAACACAACAGUGAACAUUUCAAGAGGAUCUAUCUAAUUUGACAUUGAAAUCCUUUUAAUAUCAUGUCUUCUCUAUAAUAUAAAUGUUUUUGCAGAUAUUGCAUAUUAUGUCCUUGUGUUUAAAUCUUAUCUAAUGAGAUUUUACUGUAAAUGGUUUAUAUGAAUUUGGGUUGUUUAAUACAGAUAGUCGCUUCUUUACGAGGAGUGAGUAGAAUGUGAUUUUUAUGUGUUUAUGUAUCUACAGUCGUUAACCUUCUGUGCCUUUACACAGCCUAUUUUACCUACUUCUGACUUCCAAGUGCUCAAUAAAUCAACCAACCUUUAA